AUGCUGGGCCCCCGCGGCGUGACGCGAGCACGGCAGCUCCGCCCCCUGCGUCUCUGGCCUCGCCGGCCUUGGGGGGAUGGUUCCAUCAUGGCGUCAAUGCAGAAACGAUUGCAGAAAGAACUUUUGGCUUUGCAAAAUGACCCACCUCCCGGAAUGACUUUAAAUGAAAAGAGUGUUCAAAAUUCAAUUACACAGUGGAUUGUAGACAUGGAAGGUGCACCAGGUACCUUAUAUGAAGGAGAAAAAUUUCAACUUCUAUUUAAGUUUAGUAGUCGAUACCCUUUUGACUCUCCUCAGGUUAUGUUUACUGGUGAAAAUAUUCCUGUUCAUCCUCAUGUUUAUAGCAAUGGUCAUAUCUGUUUAUCCAUUCUAACAGAAGACUGGUCCCCAGCGCUCUCAGUCCAAUCAGUUUGUCUUAGCAUUAUUAGCAUGCUUUCCAGCUGCAAAGAAAAGAGACGACCACCAGAUAAUUCUUUUUAUGUUCGAACAUGUAACAAGAAUCCAAAGAAAACAAAAUGGUGGUAUCAUGAUGAUACUUGUUGAUGCCACUGUUAUCAUCCUCCUAGCAGAAGAUAGUCCUACUGAGAAAAUGAGCACUUUGAUCAUUCAGUCUUUGAACUUUAACCUUUGACUGGAAGUGACCUAUAGGCAAUGAAGACUACUUCCUUUUACUGCAUUUUUACUCGUGUGCAUUCUGGGCGCAUGUUGAUCGCUGGUUCAGUCCAGGCAACUGACAUGCUUUUAUUAGUCAUACAGUAUUAAUGCAGGUGUCAGGAAAUGUCAAAUAUAAUUCCAUUUUUUAUUUUUAUUUUUUUAAGCUUUUGGAAAAGUUCCAGGUCCUCAUGUAUUGUGCAAUAACAAUGACUUCCUUGGCGGUUUUGGAACGUUCAUUGCCGGCAAUGGACGUUUAACAGGAAAAAUUUUCAUUAACUCCUGCCACCCAAUGAUUAAUGCAUGAUAGGGCCUAUGAAAUGAACUUAUUGGUUAUAGUGGGAUUAUAAAUAAAGUGAGGGAUCCAACAUUACCUUGAAAGUCACCCCAACUGUUUAUAUUUGGAUUCUAUGCACUGUGAUCCUAAGGUUAACGGCAUGAAUUAACAUGCGUCUUUAAAGGACUGUAAUGAAAGAUCAUUGCGUAUUUAUUGAAUUGUUUAUAUCUGCUGUCAAAUUGUUUUGACAUGGAAGGUUUUCAAGUAACAUUGGCAGAGAGGUACAAUAUGUUAUCCCUAUGGUGAAAAUAAAUUCAUUUGUUGUAUAUAGUUCCUCAAUAUCUGAAGUAAAGGUAUGAGUAAUAUAGGGUAUGAAUGGUUUAAUCAAGGCUUUAUUUUGGAAGUAAGAAAAAUGGCAGUGAUGAUUCAACUGCUGCAGUCCAUAAUUUGGGCUUAUUUGUACAUUAACAGUUUUUCCAAGUAGAUUACACUCUGUUACUUCCUGCUAGCCAUCAGCAUGAGCCCUACUGCCUAAACACUAUUUCAUUUAUUUAUGUUUGGAAAAUCCAUAAACAGUUUUUGUUUGCAAUUUUGUUUCUUUUGUUAUGUUUUAAGUCAAGAUUGAAUGUUACAGUACUUCAAUUGGAAAAUUUUUGUCAAGUUUUUUCCUGUAAAUUUUCUUUACUUGUAAGUAUCAUUUUGUCCUUUAAUCCUGUACCCUAAAAUAAGAAAUACAUUUUUGACAGAGGCUUAAUGUUUUAACAAAAGAGUGUGGACAUUUUUAUUUUAAAAUUUAGGCAAAAGUACACUAUAGAAUGGUAUGUUUGCUUAUUUGUCUCACACAACCAUACAGUUUUUCCUGGAGGGAUUAGUUUUGUUUUCUUGUUGUUUAAAAGACUUUGCUUACAGCUAGAUAAAGUUUUCUAUAGAAAAAAAUUGUUGAAACGUCCAAUUCUCAGUACCAUGUAAGUUAAUGAUACUGCAACUAGGUUCUCUUUUUAAAAAGCGAUUAUGUAUUUUAUAAAUUACCUUUUCACAUAUGCAAAAAUCUGUUUCUACUACAAUGUUAUUUUUACUAAUGCCUGUUGUUGCACUCUUUUUGACAUAUCCUGCAGUGAAUAAAUAUAUGAAUCAAUUUGGGCUUAAAAGUAAAAGCCAAUUGGCUGAAAGGUUUGAAGUAUGUACCCCAGCAAAACCAUCCAAUCAAUAAUUGGCAAGGAGUAUUUUCAAAAUUGUUUUUAAUCUCUGUAUAGAUGACAUUUUGUAGCUUUGUACAUGUUGUUAAUUAAGGGCAUAUAAUUUUACACUCUAAAAGUAUAAUUGCUGAACUCAGGGGUGGGUAGACUUCAAAAAUAUGUCUGCUGUAGAAAUAACUUGAAAAACAAAACUAUGGCCAGCCACCAAAUUGUGGACACUGUUUAUACUAUAGUUAGCAACUACCACUUUUUGAAAUUAAACACAUUUUUGUUCUUUCUUCACUAGAUACACCUAAGUUCUCACAGUAGUUUCUAUCAGUCUUAUUAGUUGCCCUGUUUAACCAAGACAAAAAAUGUUUUUUGGAAUGCUUGAGCUACUCUUAGUUUUUAACUGCUUUUUAAUAUGAAAAUUGCAGUGACAAAUUAUAUAUUUUUCAUAUUUUACACAACUCUAAACUGAUUGACUUGAUCAUUUGUGGGGGUGGGGGAAUCUCUCCAUAAUGCUGGUCCUCUUACUAAAGUUCUUUUAUAAAGAAAUGACCUGUGACAUUUAUUCACCAAAGGAAUUAAUAUACCAGGUCAAAGAUGAACAAUGCUGUCCUGUAGAUUAAUAGGUGGUAUAUAGCCUCAGUUGAGUUUUGUAAAAUAAAAAUAGCAGUAUUUUAAGAUACCCCUCUCUGUACCUAGAGAUAUCAUAAAAUAAAUUAAAAUGAAGCAGAGGAAAGUAAAGGAAACCAAAUAAUUUCAGUACACUUUACGGUUUAAAGAGAAGGUGAAAUAUCCUAAAAUAUAGAAAUACCAAUCAUUCAAAAUUUGCAAUAACACUUUAUUCGUUACAUUACUCCCUUGAACUUAGGAAUUAUUGGAAACUCCUUUGCACUUAGAUUUAAUUAAGUUGAUUUUAAAUGUAAGUUACAUUAUUAAAAGACAUAAGAUGUUUACUUAAGUCAUUGCUCUAGAGAGCAAAAUUAAUGACUUUGUAAUAAUAAACAAUAUUUCUGUGUAACACGUUGUUGAACGACAACCAGAAUACCAAGAAAAUGUACAUAGGAAUAUGCUACUUCCCUCUUCCCUUGCUCUAUGGGGCACUGUCUGCUACAUAGGCCUACAGAAUUAUACUUUCAUAUUUAGACAAUAUGUACUCUCUAUUUAUUUAUUUAUUUAUUUAUUUUAAGGCCAUUCUUCUGGUUUGCCAAAUUCUGUUAAGGCAGUGAUAACAUUCAUUUCCUUAUUUUGCAUGUUUAUAUCAUGAACUUGGUGCCCUUUCAAAAAAAAAAAAAUUAUGUCAAGUAGGUAUUAAUGCCAUAGAUUUUAAUGAGAGAAAUGGUUUUCAGUUUUUUAAGAUAAAUUUUUUAAAAUACAUUUUAUGGCUGUUCUCUUAAGGAAUUUAAUAUUCACCUCUAAAGGACUUACUUGUAGUGUAUGAAUUCCUCCUUUUAGCUAGCAGGGACAUAAAGCUUUUUUUAAUCCCCAAAAGAAAAUGCUAAAAAAUAGCUUUUAUAUACGGUUCAUCUGGAGAAAGACCUUAAUCCUUAUUUGUUUUGACUAGGUAUAUAAAUAUUUGGUAUAAAAUAACUAGAAUAGUUUAUUACUUUUUCCCUUCUGAAAUUUUAAAUAUAUGCAAAUAUAUAUCAUUAGAUUCCUGUGGUGAAUAAUAAUUUCUUCAGAUUCUAAAACAGGUAUCUAGUGACUGCUUAAUUAUUUCCAGAUUGCAUCAAAGAUGAAUUGACAAAUAAUGGAAAUGAGUAGUGAUAUGAAAAUGGUAUGUAACCACAUAUUACUUGUUUCUGGUAAUCAAAUCUUAUUUUUUAAAAAGCCUAUUGUUUUUGAGAAUUGAGAUAUUUAAACUUGUUACAACUUCUUCCUAAAAAUAGAAGAGAAGAGGAGGUACUGUGUGUUCAAAAAUUUUUUUAAAUAAAGAAUUCAGUGUCACUAGUUCUAAGCCUUUAUGGUCACUGCUGCUUAUAUUUCUUGAUCUCACUUUUAUUUAAUUUUUUUGUACAUAUUCGAGCUGAAUGCUUAGGAUUAUUAAGUGUAUAUAAAUUGGUUUUCUAAAAGAACUGAGGCUUACCCAUAUCUUCUCUAAGGAUUCAAUGUUACCAAAAUCAGCUACUGCACGAUUCUGUGUUAUGCUAAUGCCUUUGCAUGAUUAAGAUCUGUGAAGGUGUCUUUUAAUCUGCACCACUUGGCCCAAUCCUCUUUGCAGUCUUGUUUUUCUCUCUCUUCUUUUCUUCCUGUCUUCUCACAGAUGUCCACUAUGUUGGUCUUCAGGAGUUUCCCGAAGUUUUCCUCUCCCUCUCCCUUCCUUCCUUCUUUCCUCCUUCCUUUUCUUGAGGUUAGGGAAUCCAGAGAAGGAAGACUAUUGAAAUUACAUCAGAAAUUUUUCUUAAAUAAGAGGAUUCCUUCCUACAGAUAAAAUAUGUAGAAUUUCUGAUACUUUAUUUCAGUUCAAGAGUAGGUGGCUAAAUUUAUUGAAUAAUUGACUACUUGAUAAAUGAGCUGUUAAUUGUAAUUUAGUUCUUAAAUACUAAUAUUAAGGGAGUUUUGCUUACUUUUUGGAUGGUGACUCUCCCAAAGUCUAAAUAUUGCCCAAAUGAAUUGAAUUAAUUGUUUUGGUAAAAGUGUUUUUUCCAUUUAAGUUUCUAAGCCAUUUUGAGAUUUGGAACUUUUUUUCUUUUUUUUUAAUAAUUUGUGGGAGACUUUAAUUUUCUCAGCGUGAACUGCAUUAAAGACAGGCUUGUAUGCAUCAUUAUCAUUAGAGGCCCGUGGAGUCUAAACAUGUACUUCAAACUUUAGAUCUUUAUCUUUAAAGUUGAAGUUCUGGUUCUGACUAUCGUCCUGAUGAUUGAGGUGUUCUCUGUGACUUUAAUUCUCAAAAGUUACUGGGACUGAUAGUUGAGGAUGAAUCUCCAGAAUGGUUGUAUGACUGUUUUAUCAAAAAAUUGUUUAUAAAACAAUAUAAUAUCUGAAGACAUUUUUGAAUAUGUGGAAGGAAAGCUUGACUAGAAGCUGGUAUGUUUUACCAUACCUAAAGAACUGCAGUUGUGCAAGUUGAGUGCAGUUGACAGGGAGAAAGAGAAACAGUUCUUGUUCUAUUUCUUGGUGCAUACUUUGUCAGGGUUUUGUCAAAAGUUUGCUUCUGCAGUAAUUCUAAGCAGUUUUCUCAAAGGCAAAGCAUGGUUCUGGGCUUUGGCUUGUUAGGUGUGGCCGCACUUGUCAAAUUUCCUGGUAAAUGGAAAGAUUGAAUAAUCCCACCUCUCUAAUUCUAAAGCCUGAAACAAGACUAGUGAGGAAUGUGGUAGAAUGUCAGAUACCAUGAAUAUAAAUGCGAGUCUCUUUAAUAGUUAACCACAGAUUAUUUACAUAAAUACAAAUUGAUUGUCAUUCUCGGGGUAAAAUCAUUAAUCGAACAGAUUAUCAUGUCAGUUAUCUGGUAGCCAAGAAUUAAGUCCAUGUUCAAGUUAAAGUGGAUUUGUUGUUUUUAGUUGGUACCAUUUUUCUCUCAAUAUUCAGAAAUACAGAUUGUGCAUUUUAUUAAUAGGAAUGGAAGCUCAUGCUUGAGGAUUUGAAUAGGGUGGAUGUAUAUAUUUUAUAAAUUCAAGUUGUAAAAUAUGUAAAGCUGCUGCUUUUUGAAUAGAAUAUAAAUGUUAAGACAUAAAUCUAUAUAUUAUAUAUUUUUAAAUACAUGUACCAAACUUUUGUUAGUUGAAUAUAAAUUACAUUGUGUGCUUUAUGGAAUUCAGUAACUUUUAAUAAUAAAGCAGUUGUCAUUGA